GUCACUGUUUGGGUAUGUGGUUUCGUAUGUGCAGUUAUUGUUGCUAGUGCUCCUCAUCUCCGUACUUGGUGGUCGCCUUCAGCCUUUCCGUAUGAUUCAGACUCUGUUCACCUCAAAGAGCAAAAGGGAUGAAAUCAAGGCCAAGGAAGCGGCGGAACUCGAGAGAUCGGAAGCUCUCAGAACCCAGAUGGAGCUUGCAGUUUUCGGAGCAAAACACGAACGCAGAUCGGGAGCUUUGUCUUUACAUGAAACUUGGUGGAGCCAGCGGUACCAAUGGUUAAGAGACCAAGGAUACUUGCUUCGGCCACGCUAUGCUCCAGAAUGGGUUCCGUCUUGGGAGGGUUCCAAACGCAAUGCUUCUGAUUGUGAAGACCGACAGAUCAUACGCUUUGGUCGAAUCAUGGAUGCAACACGCCUAUCUGACGGCUUGUAUGUUUCCCUUAAAAUAGUCAAGAAGUCGGAGCAUCCUGAUGAGGCAGACAUUGGACUAUAUUUCAUGUCGGACAAACUUGCGUCUGAUCCCAAGAACCAUUGCGUUCCGUUUUUCGAGGUGUUGUCAGUUCCCGACGAAGACGACAAACAGAUUAUCGUAAUGCCAUUGCUUCUUAAUUUCGUCAAGCUUCGAUUUGAUACAUUCGGCGAGGUGGUGGAAUGCCUCAGGCAACUUUUCGAAGGUUUUUUGUUCAUGCACAACCACCACGUCGCACACCGUGAUUGCACGUGGAUGAACAUUAUGAUGGAUGCCAAAGACCUCUAUGCCGAACCAUAUCACCCUGUCAAGCCUCACAUGAAGCGGGACUAUAGCGGUUUCGCGAGUCAUUACACCCGCACUCAGCGACCCCCCAAGUACUACAUCAUCGACUUCGGCUUGUCACGCCGAUACGAUGCCAGUGAAGAAAAUCCGCUCGAGUAUCCUAUAUUCGGGGGUGAUAAGACGGUACCAGAAUUUCAAAAUAAUACGGAUACCCUGCUGAAUCCCUUCCCAACCGACGUCUACUAUCUUGGAAAUGUUAUCCGAGAACAGUUCCUAAAUACUAAAACGGGAUUUGAGUUCUUGAAAUCUCUUAUCGAUGAUAUGGUGCAAGAUGAUCCUAGUAAAAGACCUACAAUGGGGCAGGCGGUCGAACGAUUCGACUUGAUUCGACAAAACCUCAGCACAUGGAAACUGCGGUCUCGCGUGACUGCCAGGGACGAAGGUCCUUUCAGGUGUAUGUAUCACGGGACUGCUCAUUGGAGACGACGGAUAGGUUUUAUUGUCAAGCGCGUAUCGGCUAUACCUCGUCUUCCGCAAUGAAGCGCGCCUCUACGAUUUCGCAGUGCACCUCACUGAUAGUGACACCCAUAUGAUCAUAAAUAUAUAAAAUCUCGUGACAUCGAGUGGGCUUCCCUUGUGCUGUACCCUCUUGUUGUUUCUUUAGUAUAUACCCAGAAUGCAUGUUUGACCCCGAGCGCGGAGAAAGAGCUGAGAUCAAUUUUUAGUACGCUUUCCGAAUAUGUCACAGCGAUCAUGACUC